AUGCCCGUAACGGGCGGUGUUGUCGAUUCAACAAUUAUAUCGGUGAGACCAAUCGAUGUGAUUCCAACAUCAAGGCAACCGUCAACAGGAAUAACAACGACAGCAGUCAAUGCAGGGGAUGAUAGAGAGAUUUUUAAAGUACUACAUGAUUGUAUGAAAGAUGUAGGGAAAUUUAGACAAUAUAUCUAUUAUAUUGGCACGUCAUGUGAUACAACGAAACUACGGAAUAAAAUUCAAAAACUUAAAGAUCGUAUCAAUCAUAGUUUCUAUAGUCAACGAGAACUUGUACGAAAAGCAGCAUCAGCAACCACACCGACGUCACCAAAACGAGAAUUAUCAAUGAACCGUUUCGAAAAAUGUUUAUGUUUUACAUUGGCUUCUAUAAAUUAUUACGAAAAUUUACUUCACAAAUUCUCAAUUCUUCUUGUAUAUUUUCCAAUAGCUACUGGAGAUCGUACAAAUGUUGUUAAUUUGGGUUUUGAAGAUUCAACGAUAAAUUCUGAGGAAACAUCAUAUGAAAAUCAUGAAGCUGAAGAAAAUGAAACCAAUAGAUAUAUUGAAUUAUUAAAUCAAAUACAAGUUCUUCAGGUACUCCGAGAUGAAAUUGAAAAGAGUGAUGUUUUAGAAAGCAGAACUCAAGCUGCAUCUUAUUCAAAAGAAUUCAUUGAAAAUAUGCAUAAAUACGCAAAUGAAAUUACAACAGAAAAUAAUUCAACCCGACUUGAUACAGCUCGCUAUUCAUUUCGUGAUUAUUUUGGUGAAGACUCCGCAACAACAGCUGGAAGAUGUUAUCAAAGAUGUAACAGACGUAAAUUUCUAUGCACAUUAGCUGUUGUUUUACUAAUUUUGAUUAUUGUGGCCGUUAUUGUCACUGUUAUCGUGACUACUAAUAAAGCAUCGACCGGUGGUUAA